AUGGUGCUUUUCGUCGUCGUCGUGAGUAACAUCUUCAUCUGCUUCGUGUUGCUCGACGAAGCGCCCUCCGUGCCGCUGCUCUCCCGCGCGGGGAAAGGCGGCGGCGGCGGCCUAGGCAGCGGGGGUCGCGGGAGGGAGAGGGGGGGAAGCGGUGGCGAGGGGAGGAGGCAUCCGCGGGUAGCCGCGCACAAGCUCACUCCGGCGGAGAUUGAAAUGCUGGAGAUGCGGAAACAAAAUUUUGAUGGCAGCAGCAGCAAGGAGGGCUUCAUCCAGUUCAGCGCGUACCGCAUCACCCCUCUCCGCGUGGUCGCCAUGGGCCUCAUGCCGCUCACACACCAUGACGUCAUCACUGCCCAGCACUGCUGGUGA